CAGAAUCCCAAACAAACAACAAAAGACAAAACAAGAGAGAGUUCACUUAUUUUUAUCAACAGUUUUUGUUUGGUUAAUUAAUAUCUAUUCUCUGACCCUACAUCUUUGAAAGAGGAAUAUCAAGAGAAUAUGGCUGUCCCAUGUUCUUCUAAUUCUGGGCAGCCACAAUUCAUUUCCAGCACCGGAAACAGAAACUUUUCCAAUGCUCCGCUUAUUGACUCCACAAAUACUGAUCAAAUUGUUGUCCCAGAUAGGACAAGCUGGAAAAAUUUAUUUGCAUACAUGGGGCCUGGAUUUCUUGUUUCCAUUGCAUACAUAGAUCCAGGAAACUUUGAGACGGAUCUACAAUCUGGGGCACAAUAUAAAUAUGAGUUACUAUGGAUCAUAUUGGUGGCAUCAUGUGCUGCUCUUGUAAUUCAAUCGAUGGCUGCCAAUCUUGGAGUGGUUACCGGAAAGCACUUAGCAGAGCAUUGUAGGGCUGAAUAUUCGCGGGUGUCCAACUUCAUUCUUUGGGUAAUUGCUGAAAUUGCCAUAGUGGCCUGUGACAUCCCAGAAGUGAUCGGUACAGCCUUUGCGUUAAAUAUGCUCUUCAACGUACCUGUUUGGAUUGGUGUGCUACUGACCGGACUCAGCACAUUGAUGCUCUUAGCAUUACAGCAAUAUGGGGUUAGGAAACUUGAAUUCUUGAUUGCCUUUCUUGUGUUUACAAUUGCUGCGUGUUUUUGGGCUGAGCUUGGAUAUGCAAAGCCUGAUGCUAAAGAAGUUGUAAAGGGUCUUUUUGUGCCGCAACUAAAAGGGAGUGGUGCUACUGGUCUUGCAAUUUCACUCCUUGGUGCUAUGGUUAUGCCCCACAAUCUUUUCCUGCACUCGGCAUUGGUCCUUUCCAGGAAAAUACCACGUUCAGUUCGUGGAAUCAAGGAGGCUUGUAGAUUUUACAUGAUAGAAAGUGCCUUUGCUCUUAUGGUGGCUUUCCUCAUAAAUGUUUCUGUUAUUUCUGUAAGUGGCGCCGUUUGCAAUUCUCCGAAUAUAAAUGAAGAAGAUCAAAUGAGCUGUCAGGAUUUAGAUCUCAACAAAGCUUCCUUCCUACUUAGAAAUGUCUUGGGGAAAUGGAGUUCGAAAUUGUUUGGAGUUGCUUUGCUUGCAUCAGGUCAAAGUUCUACGAUAACAGGAACUUAUGCAGGGCAGUAUGUCAUGCAGGGAUUUCUUGAUUUACGACUGACACCAUGGAUUCGGAACAUGCUAACUCGUUGCUUAGCCAUAGUUCCUAGUUUGAUUGUUGCGGUCAUUGGUGGUUCUGCCGGGGCUGGGAAGCUCAUAAUAAUUGCAUCUAUGAUCCUAUCAUUUGAGCUUCCCUUUGCUUUGGUACCUCUCCUCAAGUUCACUAGUAGCAAAACCAAGAUGGGGGUACAUGUUAACUCUAUCAUGAUAUCCGCCAUUACUUGGAUAAUCGGUUCUCUUAUUAUGGUUAUUAAUAUAUACUACUUAAUGAAUGGUUUCAUCAAGCUACUUAUUCAUAGUGACAUAGAAAUUGUGGCCAAGGUGUUUCUUGGGAUAUUAGGAUUUUCAGGCAUGGCAGUAUAUUUGGCCGGUAUAGCAUAUCUUGUGCUUCGCAAAAAUAAAGAGGGUACACAUCUUUUGGCUCUAACAGCACCUGAAAGCCAGCAAAUGACAAAUGAACAAGUAAAUGGAUCAAUCUAUUCUCUUCAAAGAGAAGACAUAGUAAACAUGCAAUUGCCUCAGAGAAGUAGUCCAGCAGAUCUUGACUGAAAAAAUAUAUGUCAAUAAGAUUAGAUUAGCAAGAUAGAUAAAUAAAUAUCAUCAUUUUGUUAAUUUCUAGAGUUUACAAUAGAUUAGUAGGAAACUGUCUUUUGACAUCACUUAGAUGAACUUGCCAAGCUUUUGAUUUUUCAUGUGAUGCUUAUCAUAAUGGACUGAUUCUAAUUAUUGGGAACAUGUGUGAAAAAUACCUGUUUUUUCUCCGCAUUAA